UAUGGAUUCAGAAUUUCCCAUAUAAAUUAUUUUAUCAAUACUUUGUAGCUAAUAGGUUGAUUGGUUUGUUUGGUCCAAGGAAUUGAACUCAGGACCUUGUGCUUGCCACCCAGGUGUAGCACCACUGAGCUAUGCUAGGUUUGUUUGACAUACAAAAGCUACUGCAUUUUACUUAGCCACCUUGUUGAGUUCUUUUAUUGUGUGUAAUAAUUUUUCAGCCCUGAUACUUUAUAGUACAGUUGCCAAGUCAGUCUUGCUACUGCCCUGAGGACGUCACUUUUCUGCUCUGUUCCUAUCACUGAUUCUGCAGAACCUAACAAGUGAAAUCCAGCUCCUUAGGUUGGCCUUUAAGUAUUCAUGCAUCUGUUCUACAACAUAACCUACCUUCCAGGAUGUAUGGCUUAUGCUUUGACUCAGUUAGAUGUCUCUUCACGCCCACAACUCUUACUACUUUCCUAGCCCAAAAAUUUGCCCACAUUGUCCCCUCUGUAGUUCCUUUCCCCUAUUAUAUCAGCUAUUAUAAUCUAACCUGUCCUUUAGAAGCUGGCCCAUAUAUCACCAUUUCUUCCAUGAAGCAUUUCCUGAUUUUUUCCAUCAGAAGGGCUCUCUCCUUCCUCUGAAUUCACACAGCAUUCUGGUCUCUUUUAGGGCCCUAACUUCAUUCUGUCUUAUGCAUGGGUUAUUUUUGAUCCAUGUCUCAUUCCUCUUAAUAAAUGGUGAGCUCACUCAUUCAUUCAGCCAAUUUCUAAGGGUACUAUUUGCUGGGCGUGGUUCCAUCUACCUAAGAAGAAAGACAACUUUAAGCUAUGUGUCUUAUUAAUUUUGGUCAAGUACAAUGCCUGAUGCAUAGUAAGUAAUCAACAAAUAUUUGCAAAUGGGUGGACCAGUGAGUGGAUGGAUAGAAGAAUGAAUAGAGGAGUAAUCAUAGAAUAUAGGACAAGAGGGUACGGGUUUUGUUUUGACAAUAAUGAUGGAGACUGGAGUGUAGUGAGGCAGGGUUGGUUAUGAUGAAGUUCACAGAAUGUUUGUCACCUAGGCCUGUCAAUUGUCCGUCACCAAGGGCCGCAAGUGGAAUACAGGUAGGGGAUGUGAAGGGGAAGUACAAUUGCCCAGUUUACUGAGAAGAGAUAUUUCUGUUAAAAGAAAUGUUAUCCUAGGCACAAGCAAUCACACCACAGUGUUCCCUAUUGUCUGUCUGUCUGUCUGUCUGUCUUUCUAUCUAAUCUAUCUAUGGACCCUCCCCGUUGGGCUGUAUUGGGCUUUUUUCUAGGCCUCUGUAAGCUGCCAGGAGGCCGAGGUAAGUUCAUUUACUCCCUCUGACUAGUGGAUUUAGAUUGUCUUCUGGAAGGACUCUGAGUAGGCAAUCCCAGGCGGGAGGAUGUGGAGAGCAGCCAGAGGAAACCAUCGCUUCUGGCCUCUUCAUCUACAGAGGGUGAGCUUCUUCCAACUCUACUGCUGAAGGUCAGUGUCCAGGGAGCCAGGAGAAGGGAAAGAGUUAAGGGAGGCCUGCUUUAGGACAGGUCCUGAGAGCUGCAUUCCUUCCUGCCAGCCCGCAGGGCCAGAGGCUAAAUUUAGAGAGUGGCUAGGGUUUCUUGUUAACAGCUGUCCUGGCCCUCAGUGAAGAAACCAGGAGGAGGAGUGAGUGCUGGGUCCCCUCUCACUGGUUGGAGCUUCUGGCCAUUUCAUCUGGGACCUCAGCCCUGGGGUGGACACACAGGCUGGCCGGUGGCUGACAGGCCAUCAUGGCGACCAGCAGGGACCCAGAGGAGGAGCAGGUGGUUCCGGGAGAGGAAGAUGAAGACGACGUGAGGGCAGUGCAGGCCCACUACCUCCGGAGCCCUUCACCCAGCCAGUACUCAGUGGUGUCUGAUGCAGAAACCGAGAGCAUCUUCAUGGACCCCAUUCACCUCUCCUCCGCUGUUGCCGCCAAACAGAUCAUCAAUGAAGAACUCAAGCCUCGGGGGCUCCCAGCAGACAUGGAAUGUCCAGGCAUGCUGGAGUCCGCUGAGCAGCUGCUGAUGGAGGACCUGUACAACCGUGUGAAGGAGAAGAUGAAUGACACCAGCCUGUACAAUACCCCUUGUGUGCUGGAUCUGCAGCGGGCUUUGGUCCAGGAUCGCCAGGAGGCGCCCCGGAAUGAGGUGGAUGAAGUCUGGCCCAAUGUCUUCAUAGCUGAGAAGAGCGUGGCUGUGAACAAGGGCAGGCUGAAGAGGCUCGGUGUCACCCACAUCCUGAAUGCUGCACAUGGCACUGGUGUCUACACAGGCCCUGAAUUCUACACUGGCCUGGAGAUCCAGUACCUGGGUGUGGAGGUGGAUGACUUUCCAGAGGUGGACAUCUCUCAACAUUUCCGGAAGGCUGCUGAAUUCCUUGAUGAAGCACUGCUGACUUACAGAGGGAAAGUCCUGGUCAGUAGUGAAAUGGGCAUCAGUCGGUCAGCUGUGCUGGUAGCCGCCUACCUGAUGAUCUUCCACAACAUGGCCAUCCUGGAGGCUUUGAUGACUGUACGCAAGAAGCGGGCCAUCUACCCCAAUGAUGGGUUCCUGAAGCAGCUGCGGGAGCUAAAUGAGAAGCUGAUGGAGGAGAGGGAAGAAGACUAUGGUAGGGAGGAGGGAGCGGAUGACUCUGAGGAGGGUGAGGACAUGGGGAGCACCUUUGGGGCCAGAGUGCGCGACCUGACGGUGGAGGAGGAGGACGACACCACCAGCCACUUGAGCCACCUGAGCGGCUCCUCCUUGGGGAAGGCCAGCCAGGCCUCCCGGCCACUCACCCUCAUUGAUGAAGAGGAGGAGGAGAAGCUGUAUGCUGAGUGGAAGAGGCAGCAGGGCCUGCCCACAAGCAGCGCCCCCCAGAAUGGAGAGGGCAGAGACUCUGCAGCCUCUGGCCAGGAGGGGGACGAGCAUGAGGGUGCAGACAAGGAUGUGAAGAGGAUCAUCCAGGACUGGCAGAGCCGAAAUGAGAAGUACCAAGCCACAGGGCACCGGCAGUGGGGUCGGGAGGAGCAGGAGGAAGAGGAGGAGAGUGACACAGGCUCCUUCACGGGGCGAAGACGCAGGCGCACCCUGAGUGAGAGUAGCACCUCGGAGAGUGUGAGCAGCCGCGACAUUCAGGUGUUGAAGCAGCAGCUGGAGAUGAGCAGCCAGAGCCGAGGUGGGAGGCACCGCUCGGACUCAGUGUCCACAGAGAGCACUUGGGACGUGUGGAACGAGAGGCUGCUGGAGCUUGAGAAGGAGGCCGCCCGCAGGUACCACUCCAGGAGCAGGAGGGAGGCCGGGAGCGGGCUUCGAGAGGACGAUGCGGACAGCGUGGCCUCAGAGGCCAGCUCCUUCCACAACUUCUGCAGCAGGAACAAGGAGAAGCUGACUGCCCUGGAAAGGUGGAAGAUCAAGAGGAUCCAGUUUGGAUUUCACAAGAGAGACUCUGAGGCGGGGGAUGGCAGCAGCCAGCACAGUGCCGAGGAGGAAGAGGGGGAAAAGAAGAACCUCUCAGAGGUCAACCUGACGGCCUACCAGGCCUGGAAGCUGAAGCACCAGAAGAAGGUGGGCAGUGAGAACAGGGAGGAGGUGGCGGAGAUGAGCAAGGCGGAGGAUGCAGCCUCGGCCAAGAAGAGGCAGCGCAGGCUGGAGCUUCUAGAGCGGAGCAGGCAGACCCUGGAGGAGAGCCAGUCCACGGGGGGCUGGGAGGCGGGCAGCUCUGUGGCCAGCGGGAGCAUCCCCCUGUCUGCCCUGUGGUCUGCAGCCUCCUCGGUCAGUGCCGAUGGGGACAACGCAUCAGUGCUCAGCACCCAGAGCCACCACUCCCACCUCUCCCGGGCUGCAAGCAACACGGGGCCAUGCUCAGCCUCCACACCCACACCUCCCCUGUCUAACCUGCCCGUGGGGCCCGGGGACACCAUUUCCAUCGCCAGCAUCCAGAACUGGAUUGCCAGUGUAGUCACUGAGACCCUGGCCCAGAAGCAGAAUGAAAUGCUGCUGUUGUCCCGCCCACCGUCCGUGGCAAGCUCCAGGGCAAUGCCAGCGGCCAGCUGCCUGGGGGAUGACCAGGUGUCCAUGCUCAGUGGACAGAGCAGCUCCUCCCUGGGGGGCUGCCUGCCGCCGCUGAGCCAGGCCAGAGCCAGCUGUGACACGCAGUCUAUGCUGUCCUCCAGUUCCACGCUUAGCUCCAGGGCCCAAGGCUGUGGGAGCAGUGGCAGGGGGACCAGCAAGCCCAUGUACAGCCUCUUUGCUGACAAUGUGGACCUAAAGGAGCUCGGCCGGAAGGAGAAGGAGAUGCAAAUGGCACUGAGGGAGAAGAUGUCCGAGUACAAAAUGGAGAAGCUGGCCUCGGACAAUAAGCGCAGCUCUCUUUUCAAGAAGAAGAUCAAGGAAGAUGAGGAUGAUGUUGUGGGCAGCAGGGAUGAGGACACAGACAGUGCCAUAGGGAGCUUCCGGUAUUCCUCCCGCAGUAACUCCCAAAAGCCUGAAACAGACAUCUCCUCCUCCCUGGCAGUCUCUGAUCACUAUGGAAAUAGCGGCAGAGCUGGCAAAGACAGGGAUGGCAGCAUUAGUAAGUGGCUCAGUGGCCUAGGGACAGAGGAAAGAUCUCCUCCCCAAAGUGACUGGUCUGGAAGCUCCAAGGGGAAGUACACCAGAUCGUCCUUGCUCCGGGAAACUGAGUCUAAAUCCUCCAGUUACAAGUUCUCUAAAUCCCAAUCACAGGAACAGGACACCUCCUCCUACUACGAGGGAGAUGGCAACUCAGUAAGAAGCACCUCGAGGUUCUCUUCUUCUUCCACCAGGGAGGGCCGAGAGGUGCACAAGUUCUCCAGGUCCACAUUCAGUGAGACCUCAUGCUCUCGAGAGGGGAGCCCAGAACCCUACUUCUUCCGCCAGACCCCCCAGCCCUCCCAAGAGGAAGAGUUCCCGGAGCCCCAGCGUCCCAGUUGGGCCAGGCCCGGGAACUGGGAAGAUGUGGAAGAGUCAUCCAAGUCAGACUUCUCUGAAUUUGGAGCCAAGAGGAAAUUCACUCAGAGCUUCACGAGGUCUGAAGAGGAGGGAGAGAAGGAGAGGACAGAAAACAGAGAAGAAGGAAGCUUUGCAUCUGGGCGGCGGUCCCAGUAUAGGAGGAGCACCGACAGGGAGGAAGAGGAAGAGAUGGAUGAUGAAGCCAUCAUUGCUGCCUGGAGACGCCGGCAAGAAGAAACUAGGACUAAGCUGCAGAGGAGGAGGGAGGACUGAGCUGGGCCGGGCCAGCUGGGAGACUCUGAGAACACAGGAGGAAGCUGUACAGCUUAGCAUUCGGCUCAGAGCACGCAUUGCUACUACCCAUCAAGGGAUGACGAUGCAGAGAGGACUUUCCAAAGGGGCAGACCUGAAAGUACCCAAAAGAAGGGGACCGGAGUGCAGUCAGGAAGAGGAAGAAAGGAGAAGGGCCAUCAGCGUGAGUCCAAAUGCUGGACCACCUGACACUGCUUUUGUUGCCCAACUUUCUCUAGGCUUUGGUGCUUCUCUUAUGUAUUUGGUAGUGUCCGUCCUGAGCUAGAGAGGUGACCUUGACAAGAAAGGCUCUGUCAAGUGCUAGAGAUUUUAGCUUACAUCCAGGAGGGCCAUGAGGGCAGGAUAUGGUUCUGUUUGCAGAGGUUUUAUAACAAGACCUAGAAAACUUAGCCUGUAGCAAAUCUGACCUCUCCUGGCAAUGCUUAGCUCUGGUUGUUUCUUUUUAAUGUUUUGCAUCUUUAUUAAACUGGUAU